AUGGCGACGACACAAAUCGUCCUCCCGGGGGACGUUGUCGCGAGCAAUCAACUACCAACAUCACAAAAACGCAAAAUAGGUCGAGGCCUGAGACCAAACCCGACGACGCACGAAUACACGGCCACAAUAGGUGGUUUACUGGAAGUGGAUUACCGCAAAAAAGCCGCGCAGGUAUCGGCUCCCGACGCGAGAUACGUUCCCAAAGCGGGAGACUUGGUCAUCGCCCAGGUGCGAGGUUCCUCGAUUGAUUACUUCCACGUUUACAUCAACGCCCACUCGCCGCCGGCCAUACUCCCACAGUUGGCGUUUGAGGGCGCCACCAAGAAAACCCGACCCAACUUGAAACCGAACGAUUUGGUGUACGCAAAAGUCGUGUCGGCCCAGAAGAACAUGGAGGUGGAGUUGAGUUGCGUGAACCCGAGUACGGGAAAGGCGGAACCAGACGGCCUCGGACCUUUGACGAACGGGAUGGUGUUUGACGUGAGUCCCGGCCUGGCGGAGCGGUUGUUGAAAAAGGUCGGCGUGGUGGCUCUGGAUGAAAUGGGUUCGAGGUUGCCGGGCGGGUUCGAGAUCGCCGUGGGCUGCAACGGCAAGGUCUGGGUCGAGUGUGCCGAGGCCGGUGUCAGAGGCGUUUGCGCCGUCGGUAGGUGUCUGAGGGAGAUGGACGAGUCGGAGUUGAAGGAGAAGGAGCAGAAGAAGCUCGUCAAUCGAAUAAUGGGGGAUUUGGAACGUGGAUGAAGACCAACCAGAAAGGGUGGGAUUUGUUUUUUGCAAGAGAGAAUUACUACCGAGCACCAAAGGUAUGACUCUGAGAGGGUGGUUAUGUGCAAAGAGUAUGGUUGUGAGAGAGGAUCACUGGUGACAUGCCACACCAAUACCAACGACAGGAUACCCGGCGUGGUGUUCUCAACUGUCUUCACCUAUGGCCUUCAUUGCCAUGAAUCUCACCGGACUACCCUAUCGAGUUGGCUACGAAGUUGGUGUCGCUGGAGAGGGAUAUUGCACGGUUGAUCUUACCUCGGGGUGGAAGUUCAAGCACAAGUACGACCCAGGCA